AUGGAGGCCGCCAACAUUCCAACGGAACCGAUUACCGUCCAGCCUGCUCUCUCCCACCCACCGUCCUCUCAUCAUCGCCGAAACACGAGCGCUGCUGCGGGGGAGACUCCGUGGCGCAGAGAUAUGGAUGUGGCGACUCUCAGCACAGCCCAACCACGGGCAUGGCAUACCGAAUUAGGCGGUCUUCCCCGGAGGGUUUUCCGCCGCAUCAUUGGACUCAAUCCGUUCAAGACGUCCUACUUCUCCUUGUUCCGGCCGCUGAAGAGCUUCCAGGACAGGAUGGUUUUAAUAAUGGGCGUGUUUUUUGCCAUUGCAGCCGGCGUGCCGCUUCCUAUCAUCGGUGUGAUUUUCGAACACAUCAUCAACACGUUCCCGCCAACAGAGAAAGAUCUGGCAAAGGUCAUUGGCGAGUUGUUAGGAGUGGCAGUUGCUUACUUCGUCGUCACCUGGGGCUGGGCCAUUUGCUGGGGCAUUGUUGGUGAAAGAGUAUCCCGUGGAUUAAGAGAAGCCCUAGUCGAACGUUCGCUGGGCAUGGAGAUGGCGUAUUUUGAUGUCGAAGCUCCUGACAUGACCAACAUCCUCACGGAGAAAACGCAAACCGUGCAACUAGGAACCUCGGAAAAGGUUGGCCUCUUUUUGCAGUCAAUCAGCUACUUUGUAACAGCUUUCGUCGUCGGCUUCAUUCUGGAUGCUGAAUUGACUGGCAUUCUCCUCGUGGCAGUCAUCCCGACGAUGUUUAUGGUAGUCACGUUCGGCUCGAAGACGGUGGCUAAGCUUCAAAAGAAGACGGCAGAGUGUUCUGAGAAGGCAGCAGCCAUUGCAGAGAGCUCCAUAAGAGCUGUUCAGGUUGUGCAGGCGUUCGGAAUUGCCGACAAACUGGCUGAAGAAUACUUGCGUCUCCUGAAGAUAUCGGUCCGCGUGGGCAUCAAGAAGUCAAUUGCUGGUGCCCUUAUGCUGGGAAGCGUGUACUUUGUCGCUUAUUCCGCCAACGCACUAGCCUUCUGGGAGGGCAGUCGUUUGCAAGAGCAGCGGGGAAAAAGUGGUGGUGCGGGUACGAUUUACGCAGUUGUCUUUCUGAUUCUGGACGCCUCAUUCGUCGUUGGCCAAUUUGGUCCGUUUAUUCAGACGUUCGCACUUGCAGCAGGGGCCGGAGACUCGAUCUUUGAAGUUUUGGACCACGCCGACCCUCAUAUCGAUGUGUACAGCGAAGAGGGUAUAACUCCGGAUGCUUCGACGUUUGAGGGUGGCAUCAAGUUCGAGAACGUCACUUUCGUUUAUCCCGCUAGACCAACGGCCCGGGUGCUGAAUGGUGUCAGUCUCGACUUUCAGCCUGGAGCGGUCAACGGCAUUGUUGGAUCUUCUGGUUCAGGCAAGUCUACCGUGGCUGGCCUCCUACUACGGUUCUACGACCCUUCAUCGGGAAAGGUUACUAUUGGUUCCCAGGACAUCAAACAAUUUAACGUCAAAGGUCUGCGAUCGCGUAUUGCUUUGGUAGAUCAGACGCCAACCUUGUUCUCUGGCACAAUUUUUGAGAACAUCAGACAUGGUCUUGGGGAAGAUCAUGGACUCUCGGAUGAGGAGGUUUUACGCCGUUGCGAACAUGCUGCGCAGGAAGCAGCUUGCGAUUUCUUCGAUAUUCUACCCGAUGGUAUCCACACGAUGGUCGGCAGCUCAGGACACACUUCCCUGUCUGGCGGCCAGAAGCAGCGUAUUUGUCUAGCAAGGGCAUUGGUUGGGGACCCGUCCUUACUCAUUCUCGACGAGUAUACCAGUGCUAUGGAUGCUACCAGCGAGGCGCUAGUCCUUCAGGCUUUGGACAGAGCCACUGCUGUGUCUGGUAGAACCACCAUCAUUGUUGCUCAUCGUCUGGCCACGAUCAAGAAUGCUUCCAAGAUCAUGGUUAUGGAACACGGAAACCUGAUAGAGGAGGGCACCCACGAAGGCCUUAUUGAGCAGGACGGCAUCUACAAGCGGCUGGUCGAGGCUCAGAAGUUCGACAAAACCCCUAAUGUGGAGUCAAAGACCUCUUCAAUCACCGCUACUCCCAGUUCAGCUCCAAUGACGACCGACCUCGAAAAAGAGAUCGAGUUGCCUGAUGUUAGGGCCGUCGAUGAGAAAUCGAAGAAAAAGAAAACCAAGCCCUUCAGCGUUACUCGGCUCUUGCGUAGAGCUGUAGCUCUGAACAAGCCUGAGAGACCCCUAAUUCUUUUAGGCCUCUUUGCCUGCAUGUGCAGUGGAGCCAUCAUCAUCGGCGAGGCCCUGGUUUUUGGUAACCUUUCUGGCGCGGACAACUACGACAGCCGCGUCAACUUUUUCUGUCUGAUGUUCUUCAUCCUGUCUCUAAUCGCUCUUUUCGCCUACACCACGAGCGGUACAUGCUUUGGAAUUGUUUCUCAGUGGCUGCUGUGUCGCAUCCAAGACACUUCGCUUCGCAACAUUUUGCGUCAAGACGUUUCGUGGUUUUCUCAACCAGGCCAUUCAUCACACUCUCUAAUGUCGAGUCUGAGUAUGGACGCCGGCCAUAUCAGUGGUUUGUCCGGCGUCAUCAUUGGUACCAUUUUCUCCGUCACCACCUCUGUCGUCGGCGGCAUGGUCCUCGCUCACAUUGUCGCGUGGAAAAUCGCUGUGGUGCUGUUAUCAGCAGUUCCGGUCAUGCUUGUCGCCGGCUUCUUCCGCCUUCGUGUUCUGUCGAAGGCUGAAGAACGUCAUGAGUCUGCGUACAACGAUGCCGCGGCUUUGGCUUCCGAGGCAUGUGCUGCCAUUCGCACCGUUGCCGCCCUUGGACGGGAGCGUGGUGUCCUGAAGCAAUACCGGGCUGCCAUUCAAGGACCUUAUGAGCAAAGCUUGAAGUUCACCUUGAUAGGGAACAUCUUGCUUGCUUUCUCGCUUGCUAUCACAUACUUUGUCUAUGCUCUGGCCUACUGGUGGGGCUCGAAGCAAGUCCGCGAGGGCAUGUACGACGAGCUCCAGUUUUUCAUUGUCCUCCCUGCACUGCUGUUCUCGGCGCAAUCUGCUGGCCAGAUGUUCAGCCUUGCCCCUGAGAUUACACGCGCAAAAUCGGCAGCGAGAAACGUCUUCAAACUCCACGACGAGAAGCCAUCUAUCAUUGUUGACCAUGCAGCUUCCGGAAAUUCCACCUCUCCUUCUUCCCUUGGCGUUACGGAAAAGAAGACCAAAAUUCGGGGAGUACUGGAGUUCAGAAAUGUGAGCCUGGCAUAUCCGUCCAGACCAGACACGCUGGCCCUCAAGGGCAUCGACGUGUCUAUCCGUUCAGGAGAGUUCGUCGCCUUUGUUGGUCGGUCUGGGGCCGGAAAGUCAUCCUCCAUUUCCCUGAUCGAACGCUUCUUCGACCCCAUUGCAGGGACUGUAGUGAUGGACGGCGAAGACAUUAGGAACACACCUGUUCUAGCUCACAGGGCGAGGAUCGGGCUUGUCGAACAGGAGCCAAACCUGUUCCCCGGAAGCGUCUUUUACAACGUAUCGUUGGGCGCUCGUCCAGGCCACGAGCCGAGCAGGGAAGAGGUGGAAAAGGUGUGCAAGGCGUGCGCCAUGCACGACUUCAUCAUGGGCCUGCCGGAAGGCUACAACACCGAGUGCGGCAACAACGGAUCACGGCUGUCGGGUGGACAGCGGCAACGGCUCGCCAUCGCGCGGGCGCUAAUCCGCGACCCCGAGAUACUUCUUCUGGACGAGGCGACGUCGCAGCUAGACGCGAAGAGCGAGAAGGACGUCAGGAACGCGAUUGCAGCAGCGUCGACGGGGCGGACGACGAUUAUGGUGGCACAUCGGCUAGCCAGUGUGCAGAGCGCGGACCGCAUCUUCGUCUUCGACGCGGGGAGGAUUGUGGAGCAGGGCAAGCAUGAGGAGCUGGUGGCCUUGGGCGGCAUCUACUCUGGCAUGGUGGAGACGCAGCAACUGGGAUGAGGCGAGACUUGUGUAACGUCCGUCACCGUGCAGCAAGAUUCAUCUUGUUGCGAGAUGGUGAUGCUCGUAUAGAGUGGAAGAAGAGACCUAGUUGAGGCGUGUAGAGUCUGUGUGUGCUCUAAGACCUUUUCACUCAUACCUGGGACUCGGGCUGGGAGCUAGGCAAGGAAUACUCUAUAGGGACUCUGCUUGUAUCGUCGCUGGACGGUGGAU